AUGGCUACUCCUUACACACUUCCCUCGUCCGCCUUACCUCAUGCUCACCAGAAACACAUGCAUUCAAACGCUCAAUCGCAGUCGGCGUCGCUGAGUGCCGCCUGGAGGGCCGGCUCGACCGACAGCCUGGUCCCCUCCAUCGACGAGCACCAGCACGAUGGCCCCGACGACUACUCUCAUCUGCGCAAGCCGUCGCAUUCGCACUCAAAACUGCACUCGCACUCUCACUCGCACUCUCAUUCUCAUUCUCAUUCCCACGCUCAAAAUGACCGCACCGGAUCAUUCGCCUCCCAUCGUAACUCAAGUCUCGCCAAAGAUCGCCCGCGGCCCGCUUCCCUCGCCGUCAUCGACGGCUGGACACACGAAAAGACGACGAGCGGCAAGAGCAUCAUAGCCCACGACGGCGAGCUGACGUCCGCCACGCCCUACUCACCUCCCCGAGAAAUGCACAACACCUUGCAAAGCCUACCAUACGACGCCAAUGCUGAGCGCUCCAUGUUCACCGCGGCUCUGCUCCCAUAUACCGCCAAGUUUCCCAUAAUUCAUGCCAUCAUGACGGAAAAGGACUCGAGGAGAAUAUUCUAUUUCAUGAUACUCAAUUUCAGUUUCAUGACCGUCCAAGCCUUUUAUGGCUAUGUUACCGACUCACUAGGCCUCCUGAGCGAUAGUAUCCAUAUGUUUUUCGACUGCGUUGCCCUACUAGUUGGCCUCUUGGCCGCAGUCAUGAGCAAGUGGCCCCCAAGCCAAAGAUUUCCUUACGGGUUUGGCAAGAUCGAAACGCUCAGUGGCUUUGCCAACGGCAUCCUACUGAUGCUUUUGAGUUUGGAAAUUGCCUUCGAGGCCUUUGAGCGACUUUGGGAGGGCACCAAGACGAAACGACUGGGCGAGCUUUUUAUUGUUAGCUCUCUGGGCUUGGCCAUCAACCUCGUUGGCAUGAUGGCUUUCGGCCACCACCACCACCAUGGCCAUGGCCACAGCCACUCUCAUUCCCAUUCACAUGCACAGGACCACGGACAUGGCCAGAGCCACGGCCACGAUCACAGUCAUUCACACUCACACGACAUGUCUGAGGCCAAGCCCAGCGGAGGAUGCGGCUCCCACGAGAAUGAAAAUAUGCACGGAAUUUAUCUACACAUUCUGGCCGAUACCCUGGGUAGUGUUUCUGUCAUUGUUUCCACAGUGCUGACCAGCUUCUGGGGAUGGGCCGGCUGGGACCCUCUUGCUUCAUGCUUUAUCGCCGUGCUCAUCUUCCUCUCUUCGCAACCGCUCGUAAUUUCGUCGGCGAAACGUCUGUUACUCAGCAAUCCGGAGGAUACGGAAUAUAACCUACGCAAUUUCCUCGGCGGCAUCCUCCAGCAACGCGGUGUCGUGGGCUACUCGGCGCCCAAAUUUUGGAAAGACGAUAGAUCAUGGGGCGACGAGGGUGACAAGCUCGUCGGCGUCGUCCACGUCACCAUUGGGUUCGGCUACGCUUUCGAUGAUGUUCGCGACCGCGUGCGCCAGUACCUGCUCAAGGAAGGCAUCGACGCUGUCGUGCAGGUUGAGCGUGAGGGAGACAACUCAUGCUGGUGCUCGCGCGAGCGCGCGUUAACGCAACCUCACACGCCCAAGUCGUAUUAG